AUGCAGCAAGUCACCCCGAAGGGCGACUUCGCGUGCGCCCAAUUCGCCGCGCCGCCCUCGCCGCCGCCCCAUACCCCGGACGCGCUCGCCGACCGCCCAAGCCCCGCCCUGGCGCCCGCGAGAACCUGGGUUAGGCAGUCCGCGCUGAUCAACCAGAUCGCCACGCUGCUCUCCGCCCUGACCUCCAAGUUCUCCAAUCACCGGGUGAACAACUCCAAGCAGCACUUGGUGCUGUUCCUCACCGAGGUGCUCAAGCGCUCCAAGUGCUCCAAAAAGGUCGUGCUGCUGUCCAUUUACUACUUUCACAAGCUCUACACCUACAAGCUGGACUCCAUCACCAACCUGCCCGAGUUCUCGAGGUGUUCCAAACGCGUGUACCUGUGCUGCCUUAUUCUGGCCCACAAGUUCCUGAAUGACCAGACCUUUUCCAUGAGCUCGUGGCAGCGCAUCAGCGGACUCUCGUCCAAGGACAUUUCCACCAUGGAAAGGUGGUGCUUGACCAAACUCGACUACGAGCUCUUUCUCGACGACGACCGCCUGAGUGCGUGGUCCCGGAAGAUCCUCGUCCAAGAGGGUGGAGCCGACACCCUUCCCGUCAUUUGCAAGAAGAGGGCGAGUGAAGAAGACUCGUUUGAUUUGUUGCCCCAUAAAAAGCUACAUACAGGUGUGAUUGCUAUAUAG